AUGGAGCCUGAGGCCAGGAGGGGGGAAAGACCCACCUAUAGGAAGCCAUAUCCACCUUACAUUGAUCAGAUACCCCUGUCCCCGGGCUUUAAAGUACCAAACUUCACUUUAUUCAACGGAGAGGAUCCUCAUGCUUCAUCAGUUGAGCACGUAGGCAGAUUUUCUACCCAAUGCAUAGCCAUAGAGAAUAACCCACUGCUAAAGCUAAGGCUUUUUGGGAAUUCUCUCUCUGGACAAGCUUUCACCUGGUACACUACUCUGCCAGCAAAUUCCAUUCAGACAUGGGAGCAAAUGGAGAGCGUCUUCCAUGACUACUAUUACAGGAUUCAGCCAGAAGUCACCAUCAGUGACCUUGCAGCUCUCAAACAGAGUGAAGAUGAACCUGCCCAAGACUUUAUAAACAGGUUCAGGAAGCUCAAAAUGAAGUGCCGAAUCCCCAUCGAAGAAAGACACUUCAUUCAAAUGGCUCAGGCUGCCCUCAAAAUCUCUGAGGAAAAGAUUUGA